AUGAUCGAAAGUGACUCAGACACCAGCGACGACGCUCCCCAGGAGUACGUCUCGGCGUCUGCUAACAUUCCUGCGCAAUUUGAACUCGCCACAGCACAUAUGAAGGCUACUCCAGAGCCCCAACCAACCCAACAGCCCGAUGCAGAGGCGUUGCAUGAUGAUGACCCCUUAACGACCACACAGGACCAUCCAACGGGCCCCUCGGCUACUGCGUCCGACACAAUCGACUCCACACCGCAACCAAUGGCUCCGGCCACUCUCUCAGCUUCAGCUGUGCUCCCUUCACUUCCUUCAGAUACAGCUGCCCUCCUAGAGACGUUCUCACAACAGUUGCAGCAAUCAAACGUCAAAUGCCAGCUUAAAUUCCGACCAAUUGGAGGAGCCACGCCUUCUCUAAAGCAAUCUGUGUACAAAAUCGCCGAGACUCAGCAGUUUGGGGUUGUGGUCAAGUUUCUGAGAAAACAACUGAAGAUCAAAAACUCCCAGAGCUCCCAGAUAUUCUGCUACAUAUCAUCGUUUGCACCGGGACUAGAUGAGACGGUAGGCUCGUUAUACAACAGAUACGCUAUCAGAGGAGAACUCACUAUUUCAUACUGCUUGAACCAAGCCUUUGGCUGA